CCUCCCGCAGAGCCCCGUUCCGGGCGGGGAGCACGGGGCGCUGCGUGGGUCGUCCCGCUCCCCACCUUCCUCUCGGCUUAUCGAGAGACGGGCCCUGACCCGGGGCUGCACAGGGCCGUCCGCACCUUAGAGGGGAACCGCGGGCCGGAGAGAAGGAAGCGCUUAUCUCCCCGUUAGCUUCGCUGCUGCAGGUAGGAGCGAUGAUAGGCUCGAUCCCGUGGGCAGAGCCGGCGAGGCGAGGCUGCGCUUUCAGUCCCAAGAGAGGUGGUGGGAUGUAGGGCACAGGGGGGAUGCAGGGUGCGGCGGGAUAGUCGGUAUGGAGGGAUGCAGAAUAUGGGAUACAGGACAUGGCGGGAUGCAGGAUGCAAUGGGAUGCGCUGGGCUGAGCGCUCUCCAUCCAGGAGCACCCCGGCCGCCCCCGUGCUGGGGCGGAGCUGCGUUACCCAGGGGCCGGUUCUCACCGCGUUAAGCUUUGAGCGCUGCUCUGCGGACCGAGCUGUAAGCAUUCCCACAAUCGGUGGUGGGGUUGCGGCGGUGCAGCCAUCACUUCAUGUUUUUCCACCCCUUACGUGCAGCCAGCAUGAGGGGGAGCCCCACCUGUUGCCCGCACACGCUUUCCCCUCUGCUGCUCCUCUUGUUUCAUAGAAACCCCAAGUGCUUUUUCACAGAAACCCCAGACUGUUCCUCUCGCUUUGACUUGAGCCCAUUUCUUUCAACUUAGCCUGCACGAGUAGCAAAAGAUACAGCCCAGUCCACGAGAACAGAUCUGUGCUCAGCUCUGUUUCUGCAGCGCUGGGUUUUCUGCAGAUGCCACAGAAACUUGCCGGGAGCCCCUGAGUGCUGACAGCGUGUGCGUGCGGUGCUGCUGGCUGGAAAGGCUGGCGGCAGCUGCACUGAGCAUAAUUAAAAUAAUGGCCGGGCAUUUGCAUAGGAACCUUCCUUGUGAGGAACGCUCUUCCUCAGAGCUGAAUCAUCCGUGUCUCCCUCCGUCAGGUUGGGUUGUGGAGCUGGCACAACAAUUUUAGUAGUAGAAAGGCGAUUAACCUGUAAUAACAGCCUCAAAUGAAUUAACGAGCGAGGGGGGCUGACAGGAGAUCAGGGCCAUUGUUGUAGGCUCCGCUGAGUCAGCACAGCCUGACUUUGUCUCACCACAUCACCUCUGUGGGCAGAAACACCGCUAACCCAGGGCGCUUCGGUGGGAAAUAGCGAUGUUUGCAGGGAGACGUCAGCGCACGGGAGCUACUCUGAAUGGGACGCCGUGCCGCGUCCUGGCACGUGACAGAAUCGUUAAGUUCACCACAGGCACCUGUACCGACGCCGCCGUGCACUCCUGCGAGCUGUGCGGCAAGGGCUUCCGCCUGCAGCGCAUGCUGAACCGGCACGUCAAGUGCCACAGCCAGGUGAAGAGGCACCUGUGCACCUUCUGCGGGAAGGGCUUCAACGACACCUUUGAUCUGAAACGCCACGUCCGGACCCACACCGGAAUUCGCCCUUACAAAUGUGAGGUUUGCAACAAAGCAUUUACCCAGCGGUGUUCCCUGGAAUCCCACCUCAAGAAGAUUCACGGGGUGCAGCAGCAAUACGCCUACAAACAGAGGCGGGACAAACUGUACGUGUGCGAGGAUUGCGGCUACACGGGCCCCACGCAGGAGGACCUGUACCUGCACGUCAGCAGCGUCCACCCCAGCAGUGCCUUCCUGAAAAAAACCUCAAAAAAACUCGCAGCGGUCUUGCAAAACAAACUGAGCCCUGUCCUGCAGAGGAACUCCAAAGAUGACGACAAAGAUGAGUAACGCGGUGGAUUACAAUGGUCUGCAGGAAUGAAGUUUACACGUAGGACUACAUAUAUAUUAUUUUUUUAAAAAACUAUUUUGAAAUAAAUCCCUGAAAGAAAAGGGAUACUUUUGUUAAUGGGACUCUCUUGAUACUGGUAGAACCUCGACUUGAAAGAAAUAUUCCCACAAAUCAUACAAACGUCAGACUUUAUCUGGUCAAAAAAAUGGAAACCCUAACCCUAAGAUGGAGUAUUUACUGACCCUGGCAUUCAGGUAACCUGACUGCCAUUUCAGCUCUCCUACACAUCUGAACGGUGCUGACAAAGAAGCUCACCUUUCCCCAGCACAUUUCUUCAAGACAGUAACAGUUACCUCCUGCAAAAAUUACUGUUGAGGUGUUUGGGUGAAAGGGGCCACGUAAGAGCGGCUCCUAGUAUGCUGUUCUGAUGUGCAAAGUUCAUUAAAAUUGGCUUACAAACAGUACAGGGUAUUGGUACUUAAGUUUAAGUGUGCAAAUAACCUUAGCUCUGCCCCUGUGCAGUAAAUGAACAAUUUGCAGAACCGUUAUCCAAGAUGAGCUGAAACUUUAUUUAAAACAACACAGACCUUUUUCCCUCCUAAACUUCCCCUUCCAGCACAGAGACUCACAUUCUAGGGACUUCAAGCUGUGAAAUCAUUUCAACCUAUCUAGAUGUAAGUGUAACCUUAACGCUGACUUUUCUGGACUCCUCAUGCUCACUUGGGAAUUGUUACCAAAUCCUUCUAACGUAAAUCAAUACCAAGCCAGAAACCCAAAGAAAUCCUUUUAACAAUUGAAAGAUAUGUAUUUUCUGUCA